AUGUUGUUUUUGAAGGUGUUGUUAGUAGUAGUAGUUGUUGGAAUUGUUGGUAGUGUAGUGGUUGGUAGUGAUAGUGUUGUUGUGGGUGUUGGUAGUGGUAGUAGUGGUGCUGUUGUUGCUAGUGUUGUGUUUGUUGUUUUUGCUGUUUGUAUUGUUGGUGGUAGUUUUGUGGUUGUGGGUGUUGAUAGUGGUGCUGUUGUUGGCCAUGUUGUUAUUGCUGUUGUUGGUAAUGUUAUUGCUGUUGUUGUAACUGGUGGUGGUGGUGGUAGUGGUGCUCUUGCUGGUAAUGUUGUUAUUGCUGUUGUUGUUGUUGUUGGUGGUGCUGUUGUUGGUAAUGUUGUUGUUGGUGGUGGUGGCAGUGGUGCUGUUGUUGGUAAUGUUGUUGGUGGUGGUGGUGGUGCUGUUGUUGGUAAUGUUGUUGUUGUUGGUGGUGGUGGUGGUGGUGGCAGUGGUGCUGUUGUUGGUAAUGUUUUUAUUGCUGUUGUUGUUGGUGGUGGUGGUGCGGUUGUUGGUAAUGUUGUUGUUGUUGGUGGUGGUGCUGUUGUUGGUAAUGUUGUUGGUGGUGGUGGUGGCAGUGGUGCUGUUGUUGGUAAUGUUGUUGUUGUUGGUGGUGGUGCUGUUGUUGGUAAUGUUGUUGGUGGUGGUGAUGGCAGUGGUGCUGUUGUUGGUAAUGUUGUUGGUGGUGGUGAUGGCAGUGGUGCUGUUGUUGGUAAUGUUGUUGGUGGUGGUGGUGGUGCUGUUGUUGGUAAUGUUGUUGGUGGUGGUGGUGGCAGUGGUGCUGUUGUUGGUAAUGUUGUUGUUGUUGUUGUUGUUGUUGGUGGUGGUGGUGCGGUUGUUGGUAAUUUUGUUGUUGCUGUUGAUGUUGCUGUUGUUGGUGGUGGUGGUGCUGUUGUCGCUGCUGGUAGUGGUAGUAGUGGUGCUGUUGUUGGCAGUGUUGUGGUUGUUGAUAAAUAUUGA